AUGUUUGAUAAAACUAUUCGUUUCCUCUCUCCAGCGAAUUAUGAGUCCUCUUGGGAGUUUGAACUUUUAAUGGUCCCCUCGUCCUACCUUAGUGUACACGCUCGGGAAAUGGCCCACUCUCAUAGAGCUGUAACCACUCCUGUUGGCCCAAAGCGCUCGAUAGAUCCUUCAGCAGUUUCGCUCUCUAACCUGAUUCAAAACAAAUCCUAUAAAGUGGCGAAGCUGGAGUCCGAGCAUCCAAAUUCUGAAGCUCCGUUCCCACUUCCUGAGCCUCUAAGUGAUGACAUCUUUGAUCGCACUUCACUGCUUUUGAGUUUGGAACAGAUGAUUGAAGAGAAGAUACCCCUUCCUAAGGAAGAAGCAGGCAUGAGUUGGCAAAACUCUUGGUCAUCUUUCGUAACUUUGAAGGAACAAUUCGAACCAGUGACAGCACAUAGUCCAAUGUUCGCACUUGACUGUGAAAUGGUUCUGACUCCUGCUGGCAAUGAGUUAGCCCGAGUUACAAUAGUUGAUGAGAUUGGUUGUAUCCUGUUGGAUAAACUUGUGAAACCACGUAAUCCAGUGGAGGACUAUUUGACUAGGUAUAGCGGCAUUACUCGUGAAAUGUUAGCGAGUAUUGAUACCCGAGUCGAGGAUGUUCAAAAGGAACUGGGUCAACUCAUUCCUGGUGACGCAAUUCUUGUCGGUCACUCAAUAAUGAACGAUCUAAAGGCUCUAAAAGUAGUUCGGCCACACAUUAUCUUUCAUCCAUAUCUCAUUGAUACGAGUGUGAUCUACAACAUGUCACAGGUGCGGUCAGGCAAGCCACGGUUGAGGAAUCUUACGCGCGCUUUUCUAGGGCAAACUAUUCAGAGUGGACACAAAGGACAUUCUUCAGCUGAAGACGCAAAGGCCACCUUGGAUCUUGUUCGCCUGAAACUCAGUCAAUCUCUUGAAUUUGGUGACGUCACAACACCUUGGCGCUUCCCGCAGGAUUAUCUCCAACCCUCAAACGAAAAGACCGUUGAAACGAAGGACGAAAUACAGCCUUCAUCAAAGCCAUCGGUUGCUAAUUUGACCAAACUUCUGGCUAGGGGCGCAUUAACAGUGCCGGAGACUUUGCGUCCCUACCUCGCCUUUCUCUGUCGCAUCUACACUAAUCCCACGCCGCCCUUCCACUUGACUGACCACCUCUUGGCCGAUCUUAAGGUUAGCAGUUGUGUACAUAUGGAGAAGCCAGCGGUGAUGGGGUUGGAUGCGGAAGGUGAGGAGGGGAAGGAAGAUGAGAUGUGUACAAUGCGUCCCUUCCUUAAACGUCCUGGGAAGAAGGCGACAAAGUGGAUUGCAGAGAAUUCUCAGAAAGUGAAAUUUCUCAUGACUCGAGUUGGCCGUCCGGAGAAAUGGAACAAGAUGGCAAGUUUGUGGGCUUAUCUGGCCCAUUUAACACCUCCCUUCUCUCUUCACUUCUUCGAAAUUGGUAUUGUUUCAAGUUUUCCCCCUACUGUAAUGUUUGGUAAUGCUGUCAGCAGUAAUUUGGAUGCCAUCGCCGUGGAAAUUGGAUUGCAGAAGCUUGAAGACGGCUUCCCUUUCGCCUUGCAGAAAGAGACAGAGGCCUUCCAAAAAUUCGCCACCAACAUUUACAUGCAACUGCGUCCGCAUUCUCUUCUAAUCAUCAUCUGUUCGGGGAAAAAGGACCCACACAGUGCAAAUAACCCUCGAGGCAUUGUGAAACCCCCGGCCAAGAUCUCCCAAGCCUUCCUUACUCUUACCACUCCUGCCGCAUUUACCGAGAAGUUUCAAUCUCAACGACAAUCAUCGCCAGCUUCGCCUAGCGAGUAG